GCCACCAUAACAAUUGCGGCAGACGAGAACAUCAAGAAAGACCAGCUGGUUGUUUUUUUCUUCCUCUUUCAUCGGAAAGUUUACGUCCGGGAAGAGGCUGUUGAGGCGUUCCUUGAGCGUGAGCACCGGAUCCCGUUCGCUGACCACGAAGGUAUCAUCCACAUACUGCACCCAGAACUUUGAUCUUAGGGUUGCCUCCGGUCUGUGA